AUGCCGGUAUUAGAUUGCACUGGUAGAUCAGUCAGAGUCUCAGGAAGAUGUCAAUCUGCUCAAAAGCUGCUAGCUGGCAUUGACUCUGCGAUCGCAGCGACUAAGGCAUCAUGCACGACAAGCCAUGAGAAUUCCGUACAAGCUUGGCACAUGCGCCAGGAGAUACACGCAACGAACACCCUAGAGCACCCAAAGGAAAAGUCAUGCGAUCGAAAGCUACAAGACAGCAACGGAACAUGCAAACUCACUCGCUUCCACCAUUGA